AGAAAAAAAAAAAAAAGCCGAAUCCGACACAAUCUGAGAGCUCAUUUUCCAAUCCGCCGGUAUAGUCUGCUGAGAUUCCAUUUCCCGAGAUCGGAAUCGUCGGUGCAUUCAAUCGGAGCUGAACUGAAUCGGAUUAUGAGAAGAAUUACGAUGGCGAAGGGUGCUACCAUGUGCGCGUUGCUUCUGUUACUUUUGCUGUGUGUUCUGCGGCAAAGCGAGGCCAUUUGGUUGAGCUUGCCUUCUAGUGGGACAAAGUGCGUGUCUGAAGAAAUCCAGAGCAACGUUGUCGUUCUGGCUGACUACGUCGUCAUCUCCGACGACCACGUCCACCCCACUCCCACCAUUUCCGCCAAGGUCACUUCACCUUAUGGAAACCCCAUUCACCACCAGGAAAGCGUCACGCAUGGUCAAUUUGCCUUUACAACUAGUGAAGGUGGAAACUACCUAGCCUGUUUUUGGGUCGAUGGCCAUAAUCCAGGGGCUGGGGAGGUAAGUCUUAACAUUGAUUGGAAGACGGGUAUUGCUGCAAAGGAUUGGGACUCUAUUGCAAGGAAAGAGAAAAUUGAGGGUGUUGAACUUGAGCUAAGAAAGCUUGAGGGAGCGGUGGAGGCCAUUCAUGAAAAUUUGUUGUAUCUCAGGAGCAGAGAAGCAGAUAUGCGGAUCGUGAGCGAAACAACGAAUGCUAGGGUGGCUUGGUUCAGUAUUAUGUCAUUGGGAGUGUGUAUUUUAGUUUCAAUUGCCCAGAUAUGGUAUUUAAAACUUUAUUUCAUAAAGAAAAAGCUGAUUUAGAGAGGAAAAGGGUCAGAGUUUAGUUUUUCUUUGAUGUACGUGUGUUUUGUGAAACAACUUGAAACUUUGAAUUUUUGCCUCGAGUUUAUUCUUCUUAAUUUGCAUAAUGAUUUUUAACUUCUACUGUCCUUUCUGUGUGAG